GUGGAGGCGGUAACCCUGGGCCCCACUGUCCGCGAGGGCGAGCAGGUCUUCGGCGUUGCGCACAUCUACGCGUCCUUCAACGAUACCUUCGUCCACGUGACGGACCUGUCGGGCCGCGAGACGAUCAUUCGCGUCACCGGGGGCAUGAAGGUGAAGGCGGACCGCGACGAGUCCUCCCCGUACGCUGCCAUGCUCGCCGCGCAGGACGUGGCCGCCCGCUGCAAGGAGCUGGGCAUCACGGCGCUCCACAUCAAGCUGCGCGCGACGGGCGGGACCAGGACGCGCACGCCCGGGCCGGGGGCCCAGAGCGCCCUCCGGGCGCUGGCGCGCUCGGGCAUGAAGAUCGGCCGCAUCGAGGACGUGACGCCCAUCCCCACCGACUGCACCCGCAAGAAGGCCGGCCGCCGCGGCCGCCGCCUGUGA